AUGGCUGGAAGCGGCAAAACAUGCUAUGUUAGGAAGCUAGUAGAUGUGCUAAAAAGUAAUAGAAAGAAGGUUUAUGUGAUCAACUUGGACCCAGCAGUUACAAAGAUUCAUUAUAAGGCUAACAUAGAUAUCAGGGAUUCAAUAAACUAUAGACAAAUUAUGAAAAAAUAUAAUUUGGGACCAAAUGGAGCAAUAAUGACAUCAUUAAACAUAUUUGUAACAAGGUGGUUUACUGACAAAUUAAACGAGCUUAGAUUUGAUAAGAUUCUCGAACUGCUGGAUAAACGCUCAGAAGUGGUUGAUUACAUAAUAUUAGAUACUCCUGGGCAAAUAGAAGUGUUCAAUUGGUCAGCAAGUGGAACAAUUAUACUAGGUAGUAUUUCAAUCAAUUUAUCUUUCUUAGAGUCAUUAUCUUCAUCAUUUCCAACAAUGGUUAAUUACUUAAUUGAUACCACUAGAUCACAAAACCCGAUCACGUUCAUGACUAAUAUGAUCUACGCCUGCAGUGUCAUGUACAAAUGCCAACUCCCAUUUGUAGCCUCAUUCAACAAGAUAGGUAAUCAGACCCGUGGUUUCAUUUAUGGUUAUUUUUUAGACGUUAAUAGGCAUGAAGUGUGCCUAGACUGGAUGAGUGACUACGAAAAAUUCUACGAGGCAGUAACACAUGACGAAACAUACAUGGCCAGCUUAAGCAGAUCAUGCGCCCUAAUGCUAAACGAAUUCUAUAUGAACAUUAAGUGUUGUGGCAUAAGCUGUAUGACUGGCGAAGGUUUUGAAGAACACGUCAAAUUAUUAGAUGAAUGUGUGGACGAAUAUAACAGGUAA